AUGUUCCUAACAACACUCGUGCUGAUUCUUCCUUGGCUUCUUUUGGUGUUGCUUGUGGUGAGAAUUUUAGGACUUGAUGACACUCUUUAUCGUAAAUUAAAUCAAAAGCCAAAAACAAAAACAAGUUAUAAGAAUGUUAAUAUUGUAAUCACUGGAGGAUCGGCAGGCAUCGGAGCUACUUUGGCACAACAAUACGCAUCCAUGGGAGCCAAUUUGGUGUUAGGAGCAAGAAAUUUAAGCAAUUUAGAAAGUGUCAAAGAAAAAUGUUUAAAUUUAGGAGCUUCCACAUGUCAUGUGUUUGAAUUGGAUGUUUCUAGUGAAGAGAGUUGCAAAAAAUUUAUUGAAAAUGCUGUCAACGCUCUCAAAGAAAUUCACAUUCUUAUUUUGAACGCUGGCAUUGGAAUGAAGAAGCGAUUUGAUGAAUGUGAGAAUUUGGAUCAACACAAGAAAUUAAUGGAUGUCAAUUUCUGGGGAGCUGUUUAUCCAACACAUUAUGCACUUCCUCACAUGAAACUUUCAUCUCGAAAUAACGUCGACGUUAUUAAGAGACCUAAAAUCGCUGUAGUUAGCAGCAUGUCAGGAAAAUUUAGUCCACCUUUACGAACUGCCUAUGUCUCAUCAAAACAUGCUGUAAAUGGAUUCUUCCAUUCUUUGAGAAUUGAAAUGAAGGGUAAAAUUGAUGUGACCAUUCUAUGUCCUCCUCAUGUCUAUACAGAUUUUCAGGCAAAUUCUUUUGGAGCCGAAAAGGGUGUCAUUCGUGAGAAGAGUAAAUUCAUCACACCUGAGCAAUUUGCAUCCAUUGCCAUUGACGCAAUUGAAUGGGGCGUAGCAGAAGAAUUGGUGAAUACCAAAGGAAGAGCCAGUAGAAUUUUGGCUCUUUUACCAACCUUCCUCUCUGACAAGAUCAUUAGUGAAACUUCGAAAGCAAGUGCUGUUGUACAACAAUAA